AUCCAAUCAGAGAAAACGUUAAGAACAGGGGAGAAACUCUCCAAAUCCAAAUCGUUAUGGGUCGGAGUGUGUUGAAUAUUUCAGCCAAUAACAGCAUGAGGGUGGGAACUCGAAUCCGAAGCGCGAAGAGUUGAGGGGACAGAGAGAAAGCAAAAUGGCGAACAUGGAAGAAAGUGCGGAUUAGCGAGUUGAUGAGGGUUACACAAACUACUUGUCUCUUAACGUUAAUUUGUUGUUUUUGUCUAACCUUUACAUAAUUACCGAAUCAACUCUGUUUUACUGUUUUACAUCUUUUCACUCGAACAUGUAUCUUUCGCUAGCAAAUCGCUGGCUGACUGGCUAGCAAUACCGCAAGUGAAGAAAAAAACGUUUAAAAAAAAUAUAUAUAUUUCAGCUAGCUGGCUAGCUAAGGGAACAAGCUAACCAAAAUGGCAUCACAUAACCUAGUAUUUGUGAUCGACAUUGAUCAGGGUGGGCGACAGUGCGACUCGUAUCCCAGCAGUUUAAAACUUAAUUUAUUGAAACACGGUGUACUGAGAAUUUUAUUAUAUUUCGGCUGCAGGUUCGGGUUCGAUAAGAUAAGGUGGGGGUACACAUUUUUUUGCUCGCAAGAGUUGAGAAAUUCUAAUGCUAUAUCAAGAGGAUCUGACUUCAAAGAAGUUCUGGAGAAAACGUUCGAGGAUUUCGAGGCCGAGUUGAAUGCAAGACUAGAAGAGAAAACAAAGAUAACUGCAUUCUCACUGUCAUCAGGGCAGUUUCCACAUUUGGCUGGUUCUGUCCAAACUGCUGUGAAAGAAAGUUUACUUGAUUUCCAGUGGGACCGACCGGAUAUAACUUCUCCAACAAAAUUGACUUUGCGACCAAGAAGGUCGAGUCGACCUGGUAAGACUGUUCCCCUGGAUGAUGAUGUGUCAGUCAACGGUAGAAAUGUAUUGUUCCUUGUUUCGGAAGCUCCACACACCAGAGCUGAGCUGGAAGACUUCUUGUCACUUUCGGGCAAUGACAUGAGAGACACUGCUGAACGUAUUCUGCCUUGUGCCCUUCGCGAUAUGAUGAUCCAUAAUCAAGUGGUCCUUCACUGGGUGGAUUCCAGUGACUACAGUCAGGUGCAGAACAAGGCAGACCAGAUUGGCUGCACAGCACUGUCUGAAUCGCUGAGACAGGUUGGUGGAAGCCUGAUUCCCCUGGGUGUGCUGCUCUGCUUCUCUGCCUCGAACAAAGGCACUGAUCUGGGGAGGUUUCCAGGACCGGACCCAUGUGGCCCAUCAGCUCCUCCCACCAUCGAGGGAAGAGAUGUCUUUCCUUUUGACUCUAGCUUUGGGUACAUCUUGUCCUCAGAGCAGACCCAUCGCUUGGCCUUUCCCACCAUGGAAGGAGUCCUAUGCUGGGGAGAAGAUGGGAACUCGAAAAGCUGCAGCGUUUCUGUUGAGCCAAUGGCCCGUCGGCAGACGAUGUUCAACCAUCCCAUCAGCAUCACUCUGAAGGGCGUUCUCCAGGGCUGGAGCUCUCUGCCCCUUACGGGCAGUAUUACGGAGUGCUGGGUGCUGCAGCAUGCCAUAGGCGCUUCACAGAAUGCUCAGGACGGCAUAGAGCUGCGGUAUCUUCUGAGCGAGCUGUCUGCUAAGUCCCUUCACAUGUUUUGCGAGGUUAGUGAUGAAGACCGUUCACGUACUGCCGUGCUCUCCCCUCUCUCUGCGUCCACCGCCUUGCUCAUUAUGGUCCAGCCUCAAGUUGCUCACGAUGAAGACAUCAUGUCAGCUCAUAUCACCUCCCCGGCAACCACAGAUAAUUCUGCUGACUUGCCUGACAUUGUCAGCAGUGUUCUCAGUGUUGUGUAUGACAUCAUGAAUGAUGACGAGGAUGACACUGGUGAGGCAGCCAAAGCAGUGCAAUCUUUUGUUCCUGAGUGGGCACAGCAGGAGCUCAAUCAUUGGUCAUGCCCAAAAACUGCAAGUGUGGUUGAGGGAUGGUUUCCUCAGUCCGAUCAAUCAGGAGUCAGCUCCCAUCUAAUGGAAUCUAUGAGGCUGCUGCAUGCUGUGCCUGAGGAAAACGAGGCUGUAGAUGAAAUGUUAGACCCACAGCAAGACCUGACCAGCUCCCUGUCAGAGCUGUACCAGGGAAUGACUGCUGAGGCAUGCGGUAAACAGAAGGGCAAGAAACGCGGUGCCCAGCGCACUCCCGUGAGGCAGAAGAUGAAGACGAUGAGCCGUUCACUGCAGAUGCUGAACGUGGCGCGGCUCAACGCAAAGGCUCAAAAGAGCCGGACAGAGGAGCCUUCAGGGAGCGGGAGGGGUCCAGCUAAAUUAGGGAAGAGGCGAUCUGGGGACAGAGCCAAGGCAGGCUCCAGCAGUGCGCAGUUCAACAGUGUGGAAGAGCUUUUAUCAUAUGUGACACUGGCUUAUCAGAAAGCGGUAGCUGAGAGAGACUGUUCCCUUGUCACCCAAGUCAAGAAUUUCCUCACCCAUGUGAAUGAAUUCCUGAAACCCACACAAGACCAUGAGGGGCGUUCCUCGCUCUUUGUACGGCAGAACCUGCUGAAAUCUGGCAAGUGCAUACGAGAGCUUUAUGGAAAUGCAGUCGAUGAUGAAAGCAAAGUCAGAGAAUGCCAGCUGCAGGCUGUGCUGAGGCUGGGGAUGUGUAGGCAGUUUCCUGCAGUGCAUUCUGACUCCCAGAGCCAAGAACAGAUGGUUGAGGAGGUUGCAGAUAUGUUGCGUAUAAUCUCCUUAACAAAAGAUCCUGUUUACCUAACAAAGUUCCUUGAAGAUGAAGUCCUUCCAGAGUACAUGACGGCGAUUCCCAAAGUUCUGGCGGAAAUGUACUUCAGCCUGGGGACCCAGCUUCCUGAAGCGCUCGCCGCAGUCCUCCCCUCCGAUUUCCUCAGCGACGACUCCAUAGCGAAGGAGAGCGUCUCCCCUGCUGCCUCCCAGCCGUCCAUUGCCCACAGCGCGGCCUCAGACGCAGGGGGGCGACUGGAGGAGCUGCGCGAUCGAUCGGCGAAGAAGAGGAGGAGGAGCGGUAUGCUUACACGACACCAAAGCAUGAGCGAUGCAUCUCAGAGUCUCCGUCAGAUUGAAAUGCCUAGGAAAUCCACUAGGGCGGCAAAGCCAGUGGAAAAACCUUCCCUGGAGCUGCCACCACCUCAAAAGCAGGCAGUACAAGAAGUCACAAAGGUCAGAAGGAACUUGUUCAAUCAGGAUACCAAAGCUAAGCUCCCACGAAGCCAGUCUGUGUCGGCUGUGGAGGGAGUGAAACGCAAGCGUUCACACUUGAAAGAUGGCAGCGGUGGACAUGCACUGUUGACAAAGAAUGUUGCAGAGACGCCCCUUCACAAGCAGGUGUCCAAUCGAUUGCUGCUCAGGCAGAAGACUGGAAGGAAGUCUGACCCCUCUGACAUGUGCAUUGUGGAAGAAUCUCCUGCCAAAUUGGCAAGUGAUUUGAGGAGGAGUCCAAGGAUAAAGAAUUUGUCCCUCACUAGAAGGCAUUCCAGCUCCUUCUACUCCAGCUCUCAGAUGAGUUCAAGAAAUGUGGAAAGAGUUAUGUCCUCCUCACAGCUCGCCAUCAGUGACAGCAAACUGGGUGACUUCAAUUUUAAGAUGGUCAGAUCUCCAGUGCGACUCCUGUUUGGUGCGACGGAGUCACCCAAGCAAUCUGCUUUACUAGAAUCCUUUGGUCGGAAGAGUGCCAGGAGACAAGUUUUUGAGGUAUUGUCCUCUUGA